GGUGCCACUCAUUCGUGAAACAUUUUUAAACCAUUUUUCGUACCACCAUGCUAAACGACAUGACAUGAUAACAAAGAAAAAAGUUAUAUCUGUUGUCUCAGAAAAUGUGUUAAAAUGAACUGGUGGACCGAUUGAAACGCGGUUAUUGUAAAUGUGCUUAGCAUCUCAUUAAAAGUGUGAUAUAUUUAUUUGUGGAUAAAAAAAAAAUCUAGUUCCAUGUGGUCGAAGUUGAUCACGAUCCGAUGUUUGGCGCCAAGUUGUAACUUACUAUGGACCACACUGUGGUCAUAAGCAAUUGUUACAUGAUACAGGUUUUUCUAGUUACUACCCUCAUGAACCACCAUUGCAUGAUUGGCAUUGCAAACGAAAGAGGCCAAAGUGAACAGCUCUACUUUGUAAAGAAGCAUUUUACAACGUCGAAGUGGCUUGUCACGUGCAAAAUUACCACCUACCCUCCUCCUUCGCCCCAUCGACAGGACGCGCAAAUGCUACACCGAGAAUUAGUGAGGCCGUUUGCUAAGAAUGUCUAUUUUCAUCCAGUAAACAGUAUGGGGGAACGUUGACGGUUUAUUGAUUUUUUGCACAUGGCUUGAAUCGACUUUUCACGGUACAAGACCUCCUGUUGCAUGCUUGAUUUAGUGGUGGCGGUAGGUGAACUGGCACUGGUACUGGUUGCUGGCAAUAGUUUGGGCACCAAACAAUCGUUACCAAAACAACGAUUGCAUGAAUAACCCAUCGGGGGUGUCCGAUACAAAGAUACCGAUAUAGAAACACAAGCUUAGCUUUAUGGCAUUUCUUUUGAUGAUGGGUUGGCAGCUAUCUGCGAUUGUGCUUGAUUGCGAUACAGAUAGCAGCAGCCCGUCUUACCGCAGUAGUAUAGAGCUCGGGGGAUCGCUUUGCUGAUAACACUAGCGACAAAUCUUGCAGCAGAAUCGCUAACCAUCAACCGGUAGUGGAGUUGUUGGAAGUAACCCCACGAUAAGCAAACUGCGCUUGAAUGCCGUUGUCUCGGUUUUUUUUUAUAUCUUGGACCCAAGUAUCUGCUCCACGGAAGGUCCAUUUGCAAGACGACUUUAUUACACUAUCCAUCAAGGUGGUGCUCGGUGGUGUGCGCUAAGAUAAACACCGGCGAAGAUUGUUUGCGUUUUGUGGUAGUGCUAGUACACUUCCACUUCCGCGAAUUGAUUACACUUCCGCGUAGAGAGCGAUAAAUAGUAUUAAAAGCGGUUCCCUUCUUACUCUUCAACGGAAUCGAUUGGCCAUUUGCAGGAAUCGAUACGCUCACAGAGCGACGGUUCAUCGUGAUCUUGAAGGUUAGCCGUGUCCGUGUGCUUGCGAAGCGCAGUGCAGUUUGCAUUCAUUCGAGUGCAGUCGGGCAGCAACAUCGAGACCAAGCUGUGUGUGCUGCAGCCAACUUUGUGAUGGCAUUAAACAGUGUAGAGACCUUUUAUUUUUUGUCUUCCGAACAGACUACAGCAUCAUUAACGGCAAGCACCGGUCCUACAGAGGAAAUAGUAGUUUAAUUUCCGUUAAAGUGUUUAAAGUAAACAGUGCCGAGUGACUGUAAAGUUGAAAAGUACGAUUCGCUAUAACAACGAUCUGCUGAAGUGAUUCGCUUUAGCGAUAAGAAACUGCACAUACAUCGUUCGAGGGCUGAGUGAAGUUAUACAAUCAAAAGCCCUCCACCGAUCCCCCUUCCUGUCCAGUGCUUCACAAGUUCUUCCCCGGUUUUAUACCGAGUGCAUUGGACGAGCGUCCAACUAUCCGGACUCUGUUGGACCAGUUUCAACAGUUUCGAGCCAAACAGAUGGGUUUCGUCUGGAUGGGUAUGCUACAGCUGGGCAUGAUCUUUGGCGCUACGUACGGUAUCAUCAAAAGGAACGCUUACAGUCGAGGAGGUAUACAAAGACCGCGACCAGUUCGCGGCACUGGUGCGCGAGGUCGCGGCCCCUGACGUCGGCAGGAUGGGCAUCGAGAUACUGUCCUUUACGAUCAAGGACGUGUACGACGAUGUCCAGUACCUGCAGUCGCUCGGUAAGGCGCAGACGGCGAGCGUGAAGCGCGACGCUGAUGCGGGUGUUGCCGAGGCUAAUCGUGACGCCGGCAUACGGGAGGCCGAGUGCGAGAAGAGCGCCAUGGACGUCAAGUACUCAACCGACACCAAGAUCGAGGACAACGCACGCAUGUACAAGCUGCAGAAGGCAAACUUUGAUCAGGAAAUUAACACGGCGAAAGCAGAAUCGCAGCUCGCGUACGAACUGCAGGCUGCCAAAAUUCGCCAGCGCAUCCGUAACGAGGAAAUUCAGAUCGAUAUCGUAGAGCGCCGCAAGCAGAUCGAGAUCGAAACGCAGGAAAUCAAUCGCAAGGAUUGCGAACUGAACGCCACGGUGAAGCUGCCGGCGGAGGCGGAAAGCUACCGCGUGCAAGCGAUUGCUGAGGGCAAACGCACGCAAACGGUCGAAAGCGCACGGGCCGAGGCAGAGCGCAUCAAGAAGAUCGGAUCGGCGGAAGCGUACGCCAUCGAGCAGGUCGGAAAAGCGGAAGCGGAACGGAUGCGUAUGAAGGCGAACGUAUACAAGAUGUACGGCGAUGCGGCCAUCAUGAAUAUCGUGCUCGAAUCACUGCCUAAGAUCGCAGCUGAAGUUGCGGCGCCAUUGGCGAAGACAGAAGAGAUCGUUCUGAUCGGUGGCAACGAUCAAACGACGGGCGAUGUGACGCGUCUCGUUGGACAGCUGCCUCCAGCCAUCAAUGCCCUGACCGGCGUUGACCUAUCGAAGGUGCUGGGCAAGAUACCCGGGGCGAAAGCAUAAUAAGGCGAACAGACGAACGCAUGAAACCCCGACAUCCUGGGCACGACAUCUUGAAAGUAAAAGUGCACUCACUCUAGCGAACACAGACGAACGAAACUAUGCUUCUGUCUCAUAACGUCACUGUUAGGAGGACGAGCGGAAGAACUAUCUCUUUUGCAGCGUUUACCUUCGGUACCGUAUAGAACGAAAUCUACCAGUCCAUCUACUACAGCAACCUCGAUCGAUAUUUCUAUGAUAUUCUUAUUACACUUGCAUCACUUUGCUGCGCAGUUAUUGCAACGUGAAUCUUGAUUACAUUAUCGUUUCAUGGUUAUGGGAUCUAUUGCUUUUAUUCUACGUUUUAUUUUAGUUUUUGCCUUCCGUUACAUGUUAAUUCUUUUGUAUUGCACACGAUGAUUGAACGCAAAGCAUUGCGUUCGGUAGGCUGGAAAUGCACGAGACGAGAUCGCCGCGGCCGCGUCCAACGUGUAUAAUAGUUCAAGCGUCAAAUCCUCCACACUUGCUAUCACGCUCGCUAUUCCGCAGAGGUACUCAACUUCAGCAUUUCAGCGUUUCCGCGCUAGCUGGUAGCCGUAACUGGAUUGAUAACCGAGCUAUACGUGUUUGACCGCGGCUGCGGUGAACCUGCUAUUUCUAGCCGUAUUCAGUUAGAUAGUUUUCUGUUUUUGUUUUUCUCACUUGACGCAACGAAUAUCUUGUUUAAAACAUGCCAUAUAUUGGCUUGCUAAUAUUAAUUACUGUGUUUAACACGCUAAACCAGUCAGACGAAGGGUCGAUCCCCCGCACCAGUGCGUGAAUCAAAAGAGGCCAAGAGUCCUCAGCACACCCGUAUGGGAUCGACUGGAACUGGAGCGAACACUUUCUCUAUAGUCUUUUCGCAUGCUGCAAUAUCAUGUUAAUCACUAGGGUGAGGGAUAAAUUGGUUUCAAAAAAAAAUUAUAAAUAUCACAUUUAUUGAGUUGCGUACUCCAUAUAACGCAAGAUUUCAAACCUACUUUAUAUCGCUUCUUUAUCGCCAGAAUCGUUGCAAGUGAAGCCAUAAGCUUAAAUCGUUCUAAUGGUGAUGAUGCUGAGAAAAUUAAUAGAUUUCCUUGAAUUUCUCUCAAACAAAUUAAAUGGUUUUCUAUAGUUUGAUGCAAGAACAAAACAUUACACAAUUUAAAAAGAAACACCAACGUAAACAUAAUUUCUCAAAUAGAUACAUCUUUUAGCACGAAAACGGAGAAUAAAGAUAAACGACAAAUUAUACGCAAAACGAACAAAAAUCUAGAGGACUCAUGUCGCAAAAAGAACAAUGGAAUUCUGUGUUCAGUUUUGGAUCAACAUUAUAUUGUAAAGCCUGUGCAAACAAGUUGAACCUUUAAAGCAAAUUUGAAGUAAAAUAUUAAAACAAAACGCGUUGAGCAACAGUUAAAACAAUUGAGGAGGUUAGUUCUAGGCAAAUUGAAUUCCGUUUCUUAGCGACAUUUAUGAAGAAAAAAUAAAUAAAACAGCUUUGUUCGUACUAUUAAUGUAAAAAAUGAAAUUUUCACCCAAGUUUUGUACAACAAUUGUAGCAUAUUAAUUUCGAAAACUUACCAUCGCAGGAAUUAUUUUUCUUUCUCGGAUUUUCAUUCAAUACGGCCAGUAAAUUCGUUGGUGGGUGGUAAAUUUCGCAAUGAAUCCAGGACUAUUUACACAUUCGUACGCGUUGUCCUGCUGUAAAGUGUGCAAACCAAAUGCCUACCAACAUUUUUGUUGCUUCUCAAAGACUAUACUAAGAAAUGGAGAAAAGUCCACCAUCCAUAUUUACUAGCAAAGCCACAAAUAAACAAAUUUCUCCAACUAUAGCGAUUCGGCCGACGGGUCCGGGACAGGAAGAUAGUAUACACACAACACUACUUACAUCUGUAUAAAUCCCAUACUAUCAUAUGCAAGUAGCGAACGUAACACACACACAACUACAGAUACACAAACAAGAAAAAGAAAACAAACCUCGAUUUUGACAAUGUUGUAUAAUAUAACGAUAAACGAAACAAAAACCAAAAACGUUUUUCCUCUUCCACCAUUCUCGAGAGUACAUUUAGUGCGCUUCGUAAGAUUCCUAGCUCUAUGAUAACAAAAACUAUACAUAUAUAAAGCAAAUCUCUCCUUACAGUGAAGUUAGAAAUGUCGUGUAACGCAACUUCCUGUCUUGCUUGAUGCCCAAUGAUUCCUUUCUAAACCGUAACAAACAAACUGAAAAUAAAUGUUGAAAGAAGAAGAAAGAGUAUGAACCACAUAGAACGAACAACAGACCAGUGUAGACAUCGUGUAUCGUAAAACACUCACAUACAGACACAGGAAAACAUGAAUCACGUCGAAGGAGCACACAGUGAAGGGUAGCAGCUACAGUAGUAACAGCAGUAGUAGAAGUAGAACAAACAAAACGGAGCAGCGUAACAAAGAGAAACAACGUACCCAGAAACAAACAAAACAAAAAAGAAUCAGAAAAGUGUAUAUUUUUUAUACUCCUUAUACGAAGACGUGAUUAUUGAAAGAGUAGACAAACCGACGAACGAAAGAAACCAUAAAAGGCAAAUAAUAGAGAAGGAGCAAAUACAAAAGGAACAAAACAACAAAUAACACAACAACAACAGUAGCAACCAAAAUAAUCCACACACCCACACACACACAUAUACACACACUCACACAACAGCGUCAUUUGCAUGUGAAGCAAUGUCAAUGUAGUGAAGCAGAGCAAAAUAGGCUGUAACAUGAUAAAUAUGAUUCGUAGUGUGAUGAUGAUGAUGAUGAUAGCGAGCAGCGAGAGAUACCACAGUGCUUGACAGAAGUAAGGCGAAGGACGAAACAGUGUCUAACAAAAUCCCAUACACCAUCUAGAGAAAUAUUCAGUGUGCGUGUGCACUAGAUGAAAAUCAAGUAAAUCGAGUACAUUAUUGAUUUUUGCAUGGCAUGAAAGGUACAGUACAGUAACAGCCGAUUCAUCGAUGGGGAAAGCUCCCGUGCUCGUGUUCAAGUUUUGUUUUCUGUAACCGUUUCACAGUGUCAUGUGUGUAUGUAUGUGUAACGAUAUUGAGAUUGCAUUUAUUGAGCCAACAGUCUAAACGCUCCAAUAUUAUGUUUGUUGAACAACUCACUUUUUGCAGGUGUAAUUAAAAAAGGGAAAUUAAUCAGUGAAAGUGACAACAUCCCACAAACAAAUACUAUAACCAAUAACAAACACCAUAGACACAGGUGGAAGUCAACAAUGAAAAAUGUAAACAAAGAACCAGAUAGAAUGUUACCAAACAAAGAAAAUUGAUUAACGUACAGGAAACAAAACGAAUGAAGAGAAAUGAGAACAAAAGCAAAACCAUACAAGUAAAUUAAACGUAAUACCGUUCGAUAAUGAAAAUUUAAAAACACACACACAGAAAGGAGGAUCGAACAACAAUAGAGUAAUAAAAGUAACAACGUGGCACGGAAGAAGAAGAUAAAAUCUAUAGCAAAUGGUGGCAUUAUAAACAACGGUCAUUAUAACGACUACAACAAAAUCGUAAACGGGAGUAAAUCGAAAGCAAAACAAACCAAACGCAUUCUAAACACACAAUUUAUAUAAUUUCCACGUAUAAAAAUGUUGUAAUCUAGCACAAUAAGAGCAUUUAGGGCGAGCGAAAAGACCAGAUUGUAGAGACAGGUGCAGGUGCUCUUGAUGUGUAAUUUAAGACUCGGAAUCAUCAGAACACCGUUCUCUCGAUCGUGAGCGUCCAGUCCAUGCAUGAAAGCGCGUAAACUCGUUUUUGUGAGCAAUGUAUGUCUGUUUUGAUGUUUGAUUGUUUCGCUGUGCAAGUCGAUUUUGUCACGAAAAUAUCAAUAGUAACGUUGUACCCCGUUCACGUCAUCCAAAAUCCCGAUCGACCCCGAUUUUAAUACGCUCGUACAUACAGUGUUUGCUAUGGAUAUUUGGUUGUUUGCCAUAUUUUUUAGGUUUAGCUCCCGGUUUAUUGAUCGUUUCCUGCAUAUUUUUGAAUCGUAUGCUAUUUAAUGGCACCCCCAUUGAAAAUCAAUACAAAUGAUUCAAACAAUAAAAUCUGCGAAACCCUCCAUAAAUCUUGGGACGAACCCCAACUCAAUAUUGGGUUAACCAAAAAUUCUUGCGAAGCGAACAAAUAAUUAUGGGAAAAUCCUGCAAUUGUCCAUUAUCGGUUUCGUACUCACAGUGCAGCGAAGAAAGUAUUGAAUUGAUAAACUAUGUUUUUUUUCUCUGUUUCUGUUUUGGUCUACUAUCUUUGCUGCGUGACAGCGCUAUGAUUAAUGAAAACGCCUUUCGGGUGGGACAUGAAAGCGUCUAUAAAACACUCAUGUCAAAAAAAAUCGUUAACAAGAUAAUAGAAAACAGAAAAGUGUUAAACAGGAGGAACACAAUACAAUACGACGAACAAAAAGAAAACAAAACAAAUGCGAAUAUGAUUUCAAAAUGAAAUCAAUAACAAACAAACAGAGAUGCGCGCGUACAAAUGAAAACCAGAAACGAUCAAAUAAAACCAAGACAGUCGCACCUUUCCCCUUCAUAUCGUCCCAUCCCGUCCCAUUGCACCUCCACUCUAGGCUAGAAGAUUUGCUCCGGAUGCAUUAGUAAUCUCGAAUUAGUGUCAUGUUGAUUAUAAUCCGUUUCGCGUGAUGAAAGCCCCGAAUGUCACAUAAAAGAUACCAUCAAGUGUCCGGUGGGAGGCAGGAAAUAUUCACAACUCACGAAUAACAAUCGGUUCAAUGGCCAGUAAAAAAAAGUCCCUUAACACUGCGUAAAUCACAAUGUAAGCCCCUUCCGACCCAACUAACCAGCAACACACACACACUUAUAUUAGCCGGCGACAGCGGUGUGUAUGAAUGAUGCAAGAUGAUGUUUUCUGAUUUCAAUAAAGUAUAACUGAAGCGAUCAAUAAAUGUAA